AUGAUCACACUCAUUAUAACGGUACUGUUAGUGGCAGUGGCGGGAGACGUUACGGCUGAUGACUACCAGAUGAUGGUCAACAAAUGUGAUGCCCAAGUCGACUGCAUUAGUAAGACAGGUUACAUAACCAACUUGCCUUCCAUGUCGGUUGCUAUAACUCAUCCUACCUCUGCCACUGGUGUGCCGACAACCCCUCGGACCCUCCCGGUCCGGACAUCAGAGGGACUUGCCACUAUAAAGGGUCGGUUUACGGCUGUAAAUAUGGAGCCUCCUGUUCGAAAGAUGCAUGUGCGUAUAGUGACUGUAAUACAUGUGAAAAGGCUGGAUGCAAAUGGUGCGGUGGUGACCAGCAAUGUCAUCAUCAAUAUAGUUGGAACUGCGCGAUGUCGAGUCAAUGCUUCCCCAACUCGGAAUAAUGCUGUGACGCGGGCCAAUCAGCUCGAUCGUGAGUUGGCUAUGCAGACUAGGCAGCGAAUGGCUAGGCGGAGGGAACUUUCGGACGGAGCGGACGAUUAUCUACUACAUGAUGCUGGUAGUGAUACUGGGUUGGAGAUUGGGGAGAGGAUGAGAGGCUCCGACGUUUUAUCGUUGGCCUCUUUAUUGGACCCCUGUGCAUCCUGUCUGUACAAGACCCUUGGAUGCUGUUGGGCUGUCGGAAUGGUACUACUGUUGGUUGUAAGCAUCUUGAUAGCUUUGGCGUGGCCGCAUCAACCUGUUGUCAAUUACUGCAAUGUUGAGUUGGUAUGGAACAGGACAUUAGCGAUGGUGGUGGAGAGUGCCUUAGUGAAGACCGACAUCGAGAUGGAGUCCCUGGUGUCCAUCUAUAACCCCAACAGACUCGGCGCACGGAUCAAUCAAUUGUCUGGCAACAUCUACUAUAAAGGGGCUGGUAUAGGGACGAUGGCUCUGCACAAUUUCGAAGCGCCUGGCGGGUACGUGUCUGAUGGUCUCGGCUUAAUAACGUAUAAUGCACUGGAUCGGGCAGCGGAGAUGCUAAUCGACUAUAAAUGGAAUAAAGAUUUGGUAUUGACAGUAACGGGCACGAUAUCGUUUGACAUACUAUGGCCGAAUUCGGAGGUCCUCACGUCUUUAUCGGCGAGUUUGCCUCCUGCUGUGAUUAACGUGAAUAAAGUGCCGGAUCAAAGAUACUGCAAAUGUCAGGGCAACGUUACUAAGGGGUCCUAGUCAACUGCUGAGGAGGAGGCUUUGAAUUGGGCAUUUAUGUCUUGAAUAAAACGUGUAGAAUUAUGA